UUUUUUUCUUCCCCUGCUGAAAACAUGCAGGGAGGAGAGGAAGAGGAGGAGAAAAGAAGGAGCGAGGCGACAAGAGAGGGAGGACGCAGAGAAAGUUGGUAGAGGAGAGAGUGAGAGGUCGACCAGAUGGGAGGAAGGAAGGAAAGGAUUUGUCCGUGGGCUCAAGUGCGCGAUUAGGGGAUUCUGCAUAAAUAAACAAAUAUAUGAAUCAAAGCUCCUAAUAAAAAAAAAAAAAAGAAAAGAAAAAAAGGAGGAAUUAUAGGCGCGCCGCCGCGCAAGCGUGGACGCGGACCAGACAAGACAGCGGCGGUGCGCGCUGAAACAGACAAGUUCUGCCUUUCACUGUCUGGAUUUUUUUUUUUUUUUUGUUACCUCUCAUGUUCUUCAAACUCUCCGUCGGGCUCACCAACUUUUGAGGACAGUGCCUUGAGCGGCGUUCCGUCCGUUCGCCUCUCUCUCCCCGGAAAAAGAGAAGAGAGAGGAGGAGAAGAAAGAAAGAAGAGAAAAAAAAGAAGUUGCGAGGUGGAAGUGGAGGAAGGAAGAGCGUUUUUUUUGUUUCCUUCCGAGGAGUCCUGCUCGCCGUAGCCGGGGUUUAGGCGUUGGCACCCGGGCAGGGAGUCCCUCGUCAUGGCCGGGGCCAAGCCGGGAGUCCACGCACUGCAGCUCAAACCCGUGUCCGUCCACGAAGCUCUGAAAAAGGGAGGCAAGUUUAUCAAAUGGGACGAGGACCCCAAUGGCGGCCCCCCCACGCUGGUAACGCUGAAAGUUGACCCAGAUGGAUUCUUCCUCUACUGGACUGGCGGCUCCAAUCUGGAGGUUGAGAUCCUGGAUAUCAGCAACAUCAGGGACACCAGAACGGGAAAGUACGCCAAGCAUCCCAAGGACGCGAAGGUGCGGGAAGUGCUGGGAUUCGGAAAGGAAAACGUAGAAGGGAAGCUGAUAACCGUCGUCUAUGGCAACGACCUGGUCAACAUCUCCUUCGUCAACUUCCAGGCCAUGCAGGAAGAUACGGCGAAGAUUUGGACGGACGAGCUGUUCACUUUGGCCACGAACAUACUUUCCCAGAAUGCAUCGCGGAACACCUUCCUCCUCAAAGCGUACACUAAACUAAAGCUUCAAGUGAAUCAGGACGGGAGGAUUCCAGUGAAGAAUAUCCUCAAGAUGUUUUCUGAUAAGAAGAGAGUGGAGACGGCUCUGGAGCAGUGCGGCCUCGUCAAUAACAGGCCGGAGGGAAUAAAGCCGGACGAUUUCACGUGGGAGGCGUUCCAGAAGUUUCUCGACAGCUUGUGUCUCCGGCCCGAGAUCCAAAGCAUCUUUGAGGAGAGCGGCUCCAAGAGGAAGCCAUUCAUCUCCCUGGACCAGCUAAUGGACUUCAUCAACCGCAGGCAGCGAGACUCCAGGCUCAACGAGGUGCUGUACCCCCCACUGAAGCGGGAGCAGGUCCGACAGAUCAUGGAGAAAUAUGAGACCAACGCCAGCCAGCUGGAGAGAGACCAGAUCAGCUUGCAGGCUUUCAGCCGGUACCUGGGAGGGGAGGAAAACAGCGUCGUCCCUCCGGAGAGGCUGGACAUCAUCGACGACAUGAACCAACCGCUGUCUCACUACUUCAUCAACUCCUCGCACAACACGUACCUCACAGUGGGUCAGCUGACCGGUCUGUCUUCGGUGGAGAUGUACAGGCAGGUGCUGCUGACCGGCUGCCGCUGCGUGGAGCUGGACUGCUGGAAGGGCCGACCGCAAGACGAGGAGCCCUACAUCACCCACGGGUUCACCAUGACCACUGAAAUCCCUUUUAAGGAGGUGAUCGAGGCGAUAGCAGAAAGCGCCUUCAAGACGUCGCCAUACCCCGUCAUCCUGUCCUUCGAAAACCACGUAGACUCAGCCAAGCAGCAGGCCAAGAUGGCAGAGUACUGCAGGACCAUCUUCGGAGACGCCCUGCUCAUCGAUCCACUGGAAAAAUAUCCGCUGAUCCCAGGUCAGCUGCUCCCCUCCCCUCAGGAGAUGCUGGGGAAGAUCCUCAUUAAGAACAAGAAGAAGCAUCACCACCACCGACCCUCCGAGAGCGGCGGCAGCAUACGGCGCAAAGAGCCGGGGGGGCCGUCGUCGCCCAGCAGCGACUGCCCUCUGACAGACAACGAGGGCCAGCUCAUGACCAACGGCGAGGAAAAGAUGGCCGAGAGACUGGUCAAAGACUGUGAACCUCGCAAGUCCAUCGGAGGUGAAGGGGAAAGCGAGGAGGACGAAGAGGACGAGUCUGUGGCAGACCCGAAAAAGCCCAACUCUGAUGAGGGCACCGCCAGCAGUGAGGUGAACGCCACCGAGGAGAUGUCGACUCUCGUCAACUACAUCGAGCCUGUCAAAUUCAAGAGCUUCGAGGUGGCAAGUAAGAGGAGGAAGUUUUUUGAGAUGUCGUCAUUCGUGGAAACCAAAGGCAUGGACACCUUGAAGAGCUCCCCCACGGAGUUUGUUGAGUACAAUAAGAACCAGCUGAGUCGAAUCUAUCCUAAAGGCACGAGGGUGGACAGCUCCAACUACAUGCCGCAGCUUUUCUGGAACGUCGGUUGUCAGAUGGUGGCGCUAAACUUCCAGACACUUGACCUCCCUAUGCAGCUGAACAUGGGGGUAUUCGAGUACAACGGGCACAGCGGCUAUUUACUGAAGCCCGAGUUCAUGAGAAGGACAGAUAAACACUUUGACCCCUUUACAGAAGACAUAGUGGACGGGAUAGUCGCCAACACGGUCAAAGUCAGGGUCAUCUCAGGCCAGUUCCUAACAGAUAAGAAGGUCGGCGUCUACGUGGAAGUGGACAUUUUCGGGCUGCCCGCCGACACGAAGAGAAAGUACCGAACCAAAACGUCAAACGGGAACUCGCUCGACCCCGUGUGGGAAGAUGAAACGUUCGUCUUCAACAAGGUGGUCCUGCCCACGCUGGCCUCUCUGAGGAUAGCCGUGUUUGAGGAGAACGGAAAGUUCAUCGGUCACCGGAUUCUCCCCGUGUCGGCCAUCAGACCCGGAUACCACUACAUCAACCUUAAGAAUGAGCUCAACCAACCACUCCUGCUGUCGUCUCUACUGGUUUACACAGAAGCUCAGGACUACAUCCCUAAUGAACACCAGGAGUAUGCGGAGGCUUUGACCAACCCCAUAAAGCACCUUAGCCAGCUAGAUAAGAGAGAGACGCAGCUGGCCGUCCUGCUGGAAGAAAACGGCCAGCACGUCCCCACGCAGCCCAAAGAGAAAAAGGUCAAGUGUGACGAGAGCGAAGUCAUUCCAAAAGCCCGACUCUCCCUUGACCCCAUCCCCAACAUAGAUGACGUCACUGACCUCAACAAGAUACAGCCCCCAGACAUCAAAGCGCCACCUCAGAAGGAGGACCUCAUAACCUCUGUUCUGGCAAACGUCCCGAUUCUUUCUGUGGAGGAGCUGAAGCAGCAGAAGAGUUACGUGAAGCUGCUCAAGAAGCAGAGCAAAGAACUCAAGGAGCUGCGUAAGAAACAUCUUAAGAAGCUGUUGAAUAAGAGCAAGGAGCUGAAGAGCCGGAGUAGCCAGCUGCAGUCUGACCACCAGAGGAAACGCAGUAUAAUAGAGAAAAACCUCAAGCGUAGCAUCAAGAAGAAUGAGUCGCAGGAACCGGCGCAGCACGAGCUGACCAAACUGGAGCAGGAGCUGGAGAAGGAGGCGGCUCAGCAGCAGGACGGGCAGAUGAAAGAACUGCUGAAGCUUCGGCAAGCGCUUCACUCGCUGGAAAAAGAGAAGCAGCACGAGCACCUGCAAGAGGCCUUCGAGAAGUUAAAGGAGACGACUGCUGAAUGCCAAGCGACUGAGCUGAAGAAGCUCAGGGAGACGUCUGAGAAGGAGAAGAAAGAACUCCAGAAGAUCCUGGACAGGAAGCGGCAGAACAACAUCAUCGAAGCUAAGACACGAGAUAAAGACAAGGCAGAAACGGAACUGAAUGAAAUCAACAGGAAACAUAUAAAUGACUCUGUCACCUUAAUCCGCGGGCUGGAGGAGGCGCAGAGCAGGAGGCAGGAAAAGAUGAUGAUGAAGCAGCGGGAGGUGCUGCAGUACAUAAACGAGGAGUUUCCACUGCUUCAGUCUCAGCUGGAGAAGGACCUACAGGAGGAGUUUCAUCAGCUACCGGACGAAAUCAGGCAGCACCUUCAGCUGGAGCUCCAACACAGAGGCUCCCGAAAGGACGGCAUGUUCUCGGCCUUGUCCAACCACAGCAGCCCCAGCACGGGCUCCGGACCGCCCUCCAACUGCUCCACGCCAUCCUACUCGUCAACGCCCAACCGCAGCACCUGGAAAAGGAGCAUGGACAGGAGCAAUGUCUCCCUGGCAGAUUCUACGUCCUCAUCGACCACUCCCGUCCUGUCGGAGGCAGAGAUGUCGUUCAUUUAAACUUGUACAAUGGAAAAUACUUAACAUUCAACAGGGGUAUAUAAUGAUUAUAAAGUGGGAUAGUAAUGAUAUAGAUUAUUUACUAAUUUUAUUCCCUUUUUUUUUUUUUUUUAUUACAGACUGUUUUGUUCUUGUCUACAGAGCUAUAUUAUUUUUUAUUUUGCUGUUGUUGUCAGAUGACACAUCACUUUUGUUGGACUAUUUCGUAAGAAUCAUAACCGUGGUUUUAGUUUUUUACAUUUUCUUGUCUUCGUCUCGUUUUUAAUGUCCUUAUUGCUUUUCUCAUUUUAGUUGGGUCAGUUAAUGCUGACCCAAGAUCAGAACGUUGGCGACGUUUUUACAGAAGCUUUGUGUCUCUCUCUUUUCAGUCACUUUUUGGAAAGCUGUGCGGAUGAAUUUUAAUGCUCACUACAACAAUUUGAUGUUUUAUUUGUGGCGACAUUUGACCAUCGCCUUUUGCUCUGUGUGUGUGGCCCUUAAAGUCCUGCAAAUAGAUGUCAACAUCUUUACCACUGUUUUUAGCCGAAGUCAGAGAAGCAUGUUCCAGAAAUGACUAUUAGAAAAGUGGAUUUGUAUCCAUGAGUUGAAAAGAUUUUUUUAAUUUUUAUCUGCAAUGGCAGCAGCGGACCAGCAGGUGGAGCUGCAGCCUAAACUUUUUAUUUUCUCCUUCUUUUUAAAUAUAAUUGGCAGUUUGAGCCGGUUGUUCAUCUAAUCCUGUUUUACUGAACUGCAACCAACACACACACACACACACACACACACACACACACACACACAGACACAGACACACACACACACACACACACACACACAUUUGGCUGCUCACCAGGAUUUCCAGCCUCAUUGUUGGGAUGGAGUCUCCGACCUUUAACCUCCAAUUAAAUUCCCGCCAAGGUUGCACAGGGGGCGGUCAGCAGACAUCCGUCUGGCUAGAAACCGGUUUUGAGCGUAAGCAGGGCUUUGAGCGAGGCGACGCUCACACUUUUUGUAAAUUGUGUGCGAGCAGACGUCUCUCCCCGAGCGCUCGCACUCAGUCGACUCAGUUUAUUGGUUCAGAGAUGCAAAGUCGCUAAAGUCCUCGUCCCAUCCAAUCUACUCCUGAUUUAGAAAGCAUAGCACACACACACACACACACACACUCACAUAGACUACAGGGACGACAUAUUUUUUACUAAUAUCACAGAUUACCAAACUCCACAGAGCUGUUUGUGUGUAUGUGCGGCUAAAAGUUAAUCCCUUGAUGAGGCAUCUGCUUUUGGAGACAGUAAUACGUCCGACUAAGUGGAAAGAGUCUGGCCAGUGUGUGUGUGUGUGUGUGUUGGUUUGCAGCUGGGAUGCACUACUAUACAAGACACUUUUUUUUUUCUUUUUUUAAAUGAUAAUGAUCUGAAGCUGCACUAUGACAUAUAAAUGUAAAAAUGUACUCGCCUUUACAGUCGGAAAUCACCAAACUCUCACGCGCGUUCUAAUUUUUCCUGCUUUGACAUCACUGAAAAAGCCUCAAAAAUGCCAUUAAUUCAUUGGUUUUUAUUUCUCUAAGGUGUAUGUAAAUUGUAUUUUAGGUUGAACAGGCCCCUUUUUUUUUUUUUUUUAAAACGUCCCACCCGAGCCAAACGUUGACGGUGGGAUCGUGGUGCACAAGCCGAAUGGUACAUUAAUUUAAAUAUCUGUCUUCUUCGCUGUUUCGCUGUAUUUAUUUUGCUACUUUUCUCCCUGUCCCUCCCCAACGUCUAGUCCACUGUGAGGGGUAAAACGAUGGUACCGUGUAUGUGUAUUCUGUGUUGAUGUUUAUCUGUAUGUGAAUUUUACUACUGACCACCAGUGCCGGUGAUGGACGGAGGUCGGAGAAGGUUGAGACGAGGGUCUAAAAUGUAUUCUCCCAGACCUCCGUCCUGUCUCCGGGGUCUGGCUGCCUGUCUGUCUGAUUACCCCCCCUCCCCCUCACACACACACACACACUCGUGGAAACUAUCUUGUAUUUAAAUGGAAUUUUAACAACUUUUUUCUUGUGGUUAUUUAAGUUUUUAAUGACAAAUGAAAGUGUCCAUGUAGGCUGCUGGAAAGUGAGUCCCCAUUACUAUGUGGUCAGCAUGUACAUAUCGUCAAACAUUUAAAAACGCUGGAGACCUGCCAUGUCCGGUAACUGCUUUGAAUGUGUUGCUUUAACUUCUAAAGUUAUUCUCAACAGAAACAGAAGCCACCUGAGUUUGACACAGAUGUAAAACACUGACCUCUGGAGCUCUGAUAAUUUAACAGGUCUGUUCACGCCAGGCUACAUCCAGUGUGCAAACGCUUUUCAGAUGUCUCAGUUUGGACACUAACGUAGACAGCGUCUGCUUUUAUGGUCAGCCUGGUCCACAUUCUAAGUCGAGCAUUAACUCAUAUAAUGUGUAUGUGACUUUUACUACAUUUUUUUUUUUUUUUUUUUUUUUUUUUUUGCUCAAUACAACCCAUUUCCAAUGAUAUCCACAUGUGUAAAGUAUCAAUUGUCAUUUAUCUCAACGACAACUAGAGAUAUUUGACGGGGCACAAAAUAAUUGUUUUUCUCUUUGCACGUGAAUUUAUUUGGUACAAUUUAAAAAAAAAAAAAAAAAAAAAAUCGAAUGCGUUCAUAAAUUUAGCAAUCUCAAGUUAGAUAUCAAUUGACAAACUUCACUUUAAAAAAAAAAACAAAAAAUACUGACAUUUUGUAUAAAGGUGCUUAGUCUCGUGUGGAGUUAAUAUGUGAGAGGAUUAAAAAAAGACAAAAAAAUAUCCACGCAUACACAUCUCAAACAAUAUACACUAUACAUAUCUUGCAUGUGUAUCUACAGUACAAAGUAGUCUACAGGUUUAAGUCAUGGAUCAAUGUUCCUUUAUUGUACCUGGGUUAGGUACUGUGUGCAUGCUUUGUUAACCUUUGGGAUAAAGACGAUGUUCGAAUCAUUCCUACCUGGUUUAAUGUAGAAUGGUUAUAAUGGCAUUGUGGUAGUUUCAUCUGUUGAGUACAAGGAAAACUUUCAGAAGAUAAAUCACGUCUAAGGUAAAUUGAGAUUCUUGAUUAAGAAUCUUGUGAGAGUGUGACAGAUUUCUGUUGUUGACUCUGUUUGACGCUAGUGGUGUUAAAUUGUCCACUACGCUGGUCUACGCUUUAAUGAAUCAACAAACAUUGGAUACAUUUAAAAUAUAGGUGGAAGACACACAAUCACGUCACAAACAUCACAAAACAUGGUGGAGAACGUGAGAUUUUUCCAAAAGUUACUUCCUGUGUGCGACUACACAGAUAAAGACAUUUUGAAUCAGGUGAACUUUGAUGCUUAUUAGCAAGUAUUAGCUUGUGUACAUGCUAAACUAAGUAAAGACCAACCAUUAGCGUGUUAGCAUCAGUAUGCGUGCUAGUAUUUAGCGCAAAGCCUUUAAGCAUUCCCUUUUUAUUUUCAGCUCACAAUAAAUUCUGAUUUAUUUAUUUAUUUAUUUGGCUCUCAACAUCCUGUAUGCUAAAGUGUUAGCAUUAGCCCUCAAUCACUAUCGUCCAGUCCGAUUCUGUUGUCAGAGUUUCUGCAAAAAUGGUCCAACUAUUAAGAGGUCAGUCCUUUAAUCAUAGAAAAUAAAUAAAUUUAAUAAAGCACAUUAUUUUCUGAAUCCGGAUGUUCAAUAACUAAUCUUAAGUUUCAUGUCUUCAUGUUCAGACUUGGCCUGUGCUGCUUUGGCACACGGAGAGAGGAGAGUCUGUGUGCUAACGCUGCUAGCUAGUUUCCUUCCCACCAGAAUGCAGCCUGGGGGCUGUUUCUUGUCAGCCGUGAGCUUUAACCUCUGUUAUUUCUGUCCCCAUUGCUUUGAAAACUCUCAUUUAAACAGACACGCACAAUAUCAUACUCCGGCGCUAACACUGCAGCGUACCAUUAGCCAGUGCGCUGGCCUCGGCAUUGCACACACAAACACUCUCGACUUUAUUCUUAUUAGACAUUCGGUGUGGCUCGCCUCCCUCAGGCCCGCCCCGAGGCCUCUGGCUGUCAUGUCUUCGCUCCCUCUCUUCUUCCUCCCUCAGCCUCUCUGUCCCAGUUCCUCGCCUCCAGUUUCACCCAGUAAUGAGACCAUCUUUUACUUUUGGACUAGUUAAAUUAAUUAAAAGCAGCGGCCGUGUUUGUACACUUCAGAUGUCGGCGAAUGACGACGUGCCACACACUUUAGGAGAGGCGUGUGGACAGGACACUGUUGUUGACACUGUGUAUAUGAUUGUCGGUUAUAAAGGGAACAGUAUACAGUGAUCCGGAUGUAAUAUUUUGUUGUUUUUCUUCCUAAUUAAUGUAAAGUAUAUGGCUGAACAUUCAGUAAUAAACUUCUAACUUCCUCUUCUGGAGCUUAACUUC